UUGCAAGAAUAAUUAGUUCAAAUCAUUCACAUUCUCCCAGAAUCAUCAAAGCUCAUCCACAGGCUUUAGUUGGCAACUGGAAGAUGAAACAAGCAACCCUUUUCUCCUUAUCACUCUUCCUACUCUUUUGGUCUACCACCUUGGCCAUUUCACCAGCACCUGCAGCAGCUCCAAAAGCCCCAGCAGCAAAAACUCCCCAUACCCCAAAGGCUGCAGCACCAUCACCAAAACCAUUAGUCCCCACAUUACCUCAGUCUCCAGACUCUCCUGACUCUGUCCCUGAUGACAUCACCAGAAUCCUCAAAAAGGCCAAAAUAUUCUCAACCCUCAUUCGUCUCCUUAAAACCACAGAAAUCAUCAACAACGUCAACUCACAGCUCAUAACAGCCAAGACUGGAGGCAUAACCAUUCUUGCACCAGAUGAUUCUGCCUUUUCAAACCUCAAAGCUGGCUUCCUCAACUCCCUCAAUGAAGGCCAGAAAAUCGAACUUGUCCAAUUCCACAUAUUGCCAGAGUAUGUGUCAAGCUCAAACUUUGAUUCUCUAAGCAAUCCUGUGCAGACAGUGGCUGGUAAAGAUCCUGUAAGGCUUCCACUGAACGUGAAUGCAUUAGGUAACAGUGUCAACAUUUCAACUGGAGUUGUCAAUGCCACCAUUCUUGGAGUAGUAUACUCUGAUAACAAACUUGGGAUUUAUCACGUGGACAAGGUGCUUCUUCCUCUAGAUUUCUUUGUAACCAACAAGGCUCCAGCUUUGGCUCCAACGUCUCUUGCAAAGGCUCCCAAAGCUGCUAAAGAAAACUCUUCUGAUGACGAUCAAGAAGAAACAAACCAGGAUCACAAUAAAUCUGGGGCACUCAGUUUGAGCAGAACAAAGUUGAUGUCAUUUGGGAUAGCCUUGGUCGCUAUGGCAACCAUGUGGAGUUGAUCAUUUAGCAACUGCACUUUCAGUUUUCUUUUUCGUUAAUUUCUUUGUUUGUGCUUUUCUUUUUGUUUAAAUUUUCCUCUCUUCGUUGUUUCUUUUGAAUGGAUGUUUUGGAAAGGGGAAAAAAAAAAUGCUUUAAUGAUUAACGG